AUUACUCGCUGGAUCACAGUCAGGGAAGUGCAGUUGUCAUAAAGGCUGCCGUGCUCCUUGAAGAGGUCAUUCCCGGUGAUUCGCUUAAAGACCUGCCAUCAAGUUUGAUCGUCCCACCCCAAGCGUUUUUAAACCGCUUCGAGUGACAUCAAUCAUCGUUUUAUAUGCCGCGCACGUACGAGCGAGAGUUUCUGCCAAUCAUUAACCAGGAAUUGACUGAUUGCGCUUGAUAUUCAUCUGGCGACAGGGCGAGCCACCUGGCACUUGCACAGAGAGAAGACAUGGGGACUGAAGGCAAGGUGAUCAGGUGCAAGGCGGCGGUGGCUUGGGAGCCGCGGACGGCGCUGUCGAUCGAAGAGGUGGAGGUGGCCCCGCCCAAAGCCCACGAGGUCCGCAUCAAGAUCGUGGCCACCGGGGUUUGCCACACUGACUUGGCCGUCCUGAGGGAAACGUCGCUGCCGCAAGGCGGAAUGCACUCCUUCCCCGUCGUCCUGGGGCACGAGGGAGCGGCCGUCGUGGAGAGCGUCGGCCCCGGAGUCUCCAAAUUCUCCAAAGGGGACACAGUCAUCCCUCUGUUCGCGGCUCAGUGCGGAGAGUGCGAAUACUGCCAGAGCCCGAAAACGAACAUGUGCAAGACAAACUGGGACCAGACCGUGAAGGGGGUACUGCCGGACGGGACGAGCCGGAUCACCUGUCGAGGGAAAGAGAUUCACCAGCUGUUCGCCCUGGGCACGUUCUCGGAGUACACGGUCGUCUCGGACAUCGCGCUGGCCAAAAUACGAAAGGACGCUCCCCUGGAGAAGGUCUGCCUGCUGGGGUGCGGGAUCUCCACGGGUUACGGAGCCGCCAUAAACUCCGCCAAGGUGGAGCCUGGCUCUACGUGCGCGGUGUUCGGUUUGGGGGCCGUGGGUUUGGCGGCGGUGAUGGGCUGUAAAGCGGCGGGAGCUUCCAGGAUCUUCGCUGUGGACCUCAACAAGGACAAGUUCCCCAAGGCCCAAGUGUUUGGGGCGACCGACUUCGUGAACCCCAAGGACCACGACAAGCCCAUCAGCCAGGUGCUGGCGGAGAUGACCGACGGAGGGGUGGACUUCGCCUUGGAGUGUGUCGGCAACGUGGACGUGAUGAGAGCUGCUCUGGACUCCUGUCGUAGCGCCUGGGGGACCUGUGUGAUCUUGGGGUACGUUCAGGAGAAGGAUAUGUCCGUGCCCCCCAUGAGCCUCCUGCUGGGCCGUACCCUGAAGGGAACCUUUUUUGGUGGGUGGAAGAGUGUGGACAGCGUGCCCAAGCUGGUCGAUGACUACAUGAACAAGAAGCUGAAGGUGGAUGAGUUUGUGACCCACAACCUUUCCCUGGAAAAGGUCAAUGAGGCUUUCGACCUCAUGACAAGUGGGAAAAGCAUUCGAACGGUCCUGAAAAUGGCCUGAUUGGAGAGGCAGGCUGAAGGCGGGACACGGUGACACAACUUCUCCGACACCUCCCCAAUGACCCUGACAUGUAUGAAGCACCAACGAGAUGCAUGAAGUCAACUGGCAGUUCAGCCUUAUGGAUGAUUAUGGCAAAUUUUACAUGGAUGAUUAUGACCUGGUUAAAAUGGAUGAUUAUGACCAGUAAUUAUAUGCAUAAUCUGUUUAAUAUGUAUAAUCAUGGGCAGUUUAAUAGCAUGAUUUUUUUCAAGUAUUAAACAUACUGUACGCCAAUUUCUGUGAAUCACUGAAAUAUCUUUUCAGAUUAAUCUUCAAAAAGGAUUUUUAAAAUACAUCCUAUAAAUUGUGUCCUCACAACAAAAUUGAACAAAUUUGAAUUUCUUGACAUUCAGCCUAUUUUACAUUCAGUAUACGACUAUGCAAUUAUGUGUUAAAUUCUGUGGCAAUAUAUUUCAUGGGAAUAAUGGUUUAUCCAUUGGUGUGUUUCUGUGUUCGCAUGUCUCUGAGGACAAUAAAGCAGGUAAAUUCAAACCUUGU